AUGAACACAGAAGCCAUACGCAAUGAGAUUCCCCGGAUCGAAACAGAAAUAGGGCAUCAUAAAGCCGCGACGGAAAUCCUUCGCCAGCGGCCAACUUUGCUCACCAAACAACUUCAGUCAAACGCAACUUUUUCCAUUGAUGCUCUCCCACCCGAGAUUCUCUCCGAAAUAUUUGUUCAAUGCCUCCCUCCCAAAGGCUGCCUCAUGAAGGGUGAAGAGAACCCCCUGCGAGCAAACUCGACCUCACUAGUCUUUGCUCAAGUCUGUAGCCGAUGGAGAACCAUUGCGAUACAAACACCUUUCCUUUGGACGGACAUCAGGAUCCAUCUUACCUCGCGCCAAAGGACGAGGGGUGAUGACGGCGAAUUACAAACCUCCACGCUUGCUCGGCAAGCCGAAAAACUCCACGUCCUUGGCCAGAGGAGCGGCUCGUGUUUUGUGAACGUUAAACUGGCUGGCAACGGUGGGGCAUUUUGUGCCCCCGAUGCUAAGUUGUUGGUAACGGCUCUUCAACGCUGCUCAGCGCGAAUCAGCGUGCUCGAAGUGUUUUUUGGAAUUGAGGGCCUGGAAGCCUUUGACAACCUCGCUGCCAAAUUCGACCUCCAUUUUCCGACUCUGCACACACUCCGCUUAGACUUAGACGCGGGGUUCGGAAGCGCCGCAUCUUCGCACUCCGGCCGCAUCAAAAUGUUUUCUGGCUCACAACGUCUUCGGGCAAUCAUGUUGGAUGUGCUGCCCUCCACUCGUCUUGACCUGCCAUGGUCCCAAAUCACGCACUUUCGAGGACAAUGCUACGCGUUAUCUCAGUGUCAACAACUCCUGCGUCUUGCCUGUAAUGUCGAAUCAGCAUACUUCAGCCUUUUUCCUGGGGAAAGAGAAUUAGUCCCAACAGACCCUUUGGUUCAUAAUGGGCUCAAGGACCUGACGAUCUGCGAGUGUUACGCGCCUGACGAGGAACCUCACGUCCUAGAAUACUUCGAAUUCCCUUCAUUGCGCAGUUUUUCGCUAUCAAGUGAAAACGCUGACCCUGAUAAAAACUGGGAUUCAGAUUCAGAACAAGUCGAAAUUCUCCCGCCAGAUUGUGUGUCUGCUUUCUUACGACGCUCCCCGUCUCUCCAAAGUCUGACUUUGCAUACCUUUUGGGAGUCACACGAGCUAGAUCCUCUCGCUAGUCUGGGCAUCACCGAGCUCAAGAUAACAACCACAUCAUUUGUCGUUUUGACGGACCUAUUUGGCAGAUUGGGGACAGCUCCGUUCUUCCUCCCCAAAUUGACACAUCUUGAGGUAGAAUGCAGCGAGCGCUUCCGGCAUCCGUGGUCGUCCGACUUCGCGAGCUGCGUCGCUUGCGCUGUGAACGGCAUUCUACGACGAAACACUUCUUUCAAGACCAACAAACCAGCAACUGCGAAUCCUUCUCCCAUAACGCGGUUGAAACUUACCUCAAACUGGUGCUUCCCUGAUCUCUCAUACAUUCUUUCGGACCUUCAAUUGGCCGACAUGCGAACGCUCAAGUCAAUGGGCGUUGAUAUCUACAUCGGCACAAAACGCCAACUUGAACGCUUCUUUUAA